AUGUCGGAGGCGGUAGGAGGCGAAGCAGAAGUGGGAGAGGCAGUAGAACAUGGAGAAUAUACAGCAAAAACUCCGGAAGACUCAUCAGUGAUUGUAAAUGAAGGAAAUAUACAGGGGAAAGAGGCUAACGAAGGAGUUGAAGAGACACCGUUGACGAAAAGAAAAGCACAGAAUAGAGCAGCACAACGUGCAUUUCGAGAACGACGUGCUGCACGGGUAUUGGAGCUUGAGACAAGUGUGAAAGAGUUACAGAAUAUGGUAAACGGGCUUAAACAAAAACAUUUGGAAGAAAUGCAGCUUGUUAUGCAGGAAAACGAGGAGAUAAAGCAGAAGAAUGAAAUGCUUCAGAGGGAAUUAGUGUAUUUGAAAAGUGAGUUUGAAAAAAAACUGGGAUAUGGACAUUUCGGUGUACAGCAGACAGUUUCGGUGCCGAAGGGGGAUUUUUCGAAUCCAGGGUAUAUGAAUAGAAUGGGCAUGGAUAUGAGGGAAUUUCCGAGUGCUAUGAUUGGACAAACAGUGCCACUCAAAAGAAUAAUGGAUUCGGAAAAAAGGGAAAAUAUACAGUUGAAGAGUCUUAAUCCGUCUGAUAGGAGUUUUAAGAAUGUAGAUUCGAUGCAGUACAUGGAAUCGAAGGAUUUUUCUAUGAAUUCGAAUUAUACAAAUUAUCAAAAAAAGAUUGAUAUGAAUGAUCAAAAUCAGACUGGAACAGACAUGCCUUUUAGUGUACCUUUUGUGCCCAGAAAUGAUACUAUUUUUCAUGGGAAUGAUUGUGGAUUUUGUACUGGUAAUCCCGAUAUAUGUUUAUGUGUUCAAACACAAAAUGUAAAUAAUAAAAUGGGAAAUAUGCUUGGAAUAGAUAAGGAUAGCAUUCUUCCUCCGAUAUUGAUUGACAACAAUCAUGUUAAUGACCAAGUGGAGGAAAAAACGCUGAGGGAUACGAGAAAAACAAUGGAAAAACUUGAGAUACUUGAACCGUCUAGCUAUACUAUUCAGAAUGAAUACGAACCUGGUUCGUGUCCGCAGUGCAAAGCGGAUUCAUUGAGUAUGCUUUUUUGUAAAACAUUGGCUUCUAAGAUAAAUAAUAAUGGUGCACCUGUUAACUGUUGUUUGAGCGAUGAAAAAAAACAUAGUUAUUAUAAUACUGAUACAAAUAACAGUUUGUGUAGUAGUAAUAAUUUUUUGCCGUGCUCAACAGCAUACAAGACGCUUAGUCAGCAUCAGAAGUUUGUUAAAGAGAAUUUUGGGAUUAUUAUUAACAAUUUGGCUCCUGGGACACGUGGAAUGCAAAUUCAGGCUGAUAAAGUUCAGGAAACGUUACGUUUGCUCGAUCAAUAG